AUGGAACAGUGGUGGCGGGUGGCAAAAGGUAAUCGUCUCAAUCAACUCAAUUGUCGUAUCGACGUCUUUGUCGAUCAAGAUCAUUCUGUCUACGUGUUGGACAACGACAAUCAUCGUGUGAUGAAGCGGGUCAGGGGUUCGAAAGAAGGGACUGUCUUGGUUGGUGAUCGAGGUUAUGGGAAUGCUCUGACUCAAUUGUCGAAUCCUCAAGGAGUGUUCGUCUAUCCGUUGGGCACAGCCUUUUUGGCAAACUGGGGGUAUCAUCGAGUGAUGGGUUGGUGCAGCGGAGGGAUAGAGGGAAAUGUCAUUGUUGGUGGAAACGGUCGAGGACAACAAGCAAACCAGUUGAACAGUCCCGUGGGUUUGUCAUUCGAUCGACAUGGCAAUUUCUAUGUUGCCGAUUUGGGGAAUCAUCGAGUUCAACGAUUCACAAUCGAAGCGAGCUGA